UCUCUCGUGAAAUAACUAACCAACCUCUUUCGCUCCCAAAACACCCGCCACAUCUCACGCGCCACCACCCUCCCACAAUGUCCGCCCCACCGACGCUCCCCAUCACCAACCCCCAAACCACGUCGUCCGCCGCCGCCUCCCAGUCCCCUGCCCUAAUCGCCACGCCCGCCUUCCGCGCGUUCCUCUCACGCUUCACCUCCUCCAUCCGCUCCGGCUUCUCCCAGCGCCGCCCCUGGUACGAGCUCCUCGACCGGAGCUCCCUCGCCCGACCCGACUCCCUCUCCGAAGCCUACUCCCGGAUCCGGAAAAACGCCACCUACUUCCGCGUCAACUACGUCACCCUCGUCACCGUCGUCCUCGCCCUCUCUCUCCUCACCAACCCCUUCUCCCUCCUCGUCCUCCUCUCCCUCCUCGGCGCGUGGGCCUUCCUCUACCUCUUCCGAUCCUCCGAUCAGCCCCUCGUCAUCGGCGGCCGCACCUUCUCCGACGCCGAGACUCUCAUCGGCCUCGUCGUGACCACGGUGCUCGUCGUCUUCGUCUCCAGCGUCGGCUCGCUCCUCAUCUCGGCUCUCUUGAUCGGACUCGCGAUUGUGCUCGCGCACGGCGCGUUUAGGGUUCCGGAGGAUCUGUUCCUUGACGAUCAGGAGCCGGCCAACACCGGAUUCCUCUCGUUCCUCGGCGGUGCUCAAGCUGCUGCUACCGCCGCGGCGGCGCGUGUGUAGGUGGAUCUUUAAUUUGUUUAGGGGGGAGAUAUUCAAUAUGUUUGGUGAAAGAUUAGGGUUUAUAUAGAUUGAAUCUGGCAUUUUCUUAGUUCUCUAUCGAAUUUUCGAAAUGUAAUGCUACUUCUCUCUU